ACGCGGCUGCUCUUACAGCCAGUUCGCCCGCGCACACCGGUCAACGUCUGCGUUCGAGAUUCCGCGAGCACUCGGCCCUGCAUAACCGUGUGUGUACGUGUCUGUGCACAGACACCCGCGCGUACACCUGUAGUGCGCGUACCCAAGCGGAUUCUAGAGAGGGAGAGAGGAGUCGCAACAACCUGCUGCCGCCACGUUUCACCCUCGUGUCGGCAACUACCCUCCCGUGCUGUGUGGUAAAAAAAAAAAAGAAAAAACAAUAUCUCGCGGUGGAAAUAUUAAACGUUUCCGGUGUGAAGUUCCCGCUAUCGGGACAAAUCGGAUCCGCGUUACGAACGAUCGGCGCCGACCUCCAGGACGAUUCGUGUGGCGAAAAUUUCGGACUAUUCCUGUGCCAAGUGCUGAGAACGUUUCCCGCGUCAGGUGUUUUAAAACGAUUCUCAUGUGUCGAACGAUUAAAACGGUUCUUGUGUCAAAUGAUUGAAACGAUACAUAGUGUACGUGGCGAACGUUGAAAACGAUUUGUGCUGGCGAAUGGUUCAGGUUCUUGUGGCUGAUGUUUUGACCGAAUCAUAUGGAGGACAGGGCCAGAAGGUAUCGGUUCAGCGUGGGUGGUGGAGGAGGCGGAAGAAGAGGAGGGAUCGUUUAGGAUAAGUGCGUGGAUGGAAGAGGGAAACAGGACCAGGGGGCACGAGGUUCGAGGAAGAAGGGGGCGCACGGGGGCGAAGGUUGGCAAGGUGGCUUCGCCAACGGGUGGUCACGGUGUCGGCAGAGCGGCCGCGGGACGGUGAAACGAACGAGAAGAUGUCGUCGAGCGCCCCUGUCGGCGACGAGGACAGCGGCCCCGACGGCACGGGGCUGCAGUCCCACUACUCGCUGCGAUGGAACAAUCAUCAGACCCACAUACUACAGGCGUUCGAGGCGUUGCUGCACGCGGAGGUGCUCGUCGACGUGACUCUCGUGUGCUCAGAGACCAGCAUCAGGGCGCACAAGGUCGUCCUCAGUGCGUGCAGUCCAUUCUUCGAGAGGAUAUUCGCGGAGCAUCCGUGUAAGCAUCCGGUAAUCGUCUUGAAGGAUUUCCCCGGACAAGAGGUCGCGGCGCUGAUCGACUUCAUGUAUCGGGGCGAGGUCAGGGUGGGUCGCGAGGACCUUCCGGGCUUGAUGAGAGCUGCCGAGAGCCUCCAGGUCAGGGGCCUUGCAUCCUCGGAGCCGAGGCCUACGUCGCCACCGGAAACGCCGACCGCGGACCUCCUUUUGGACCCGUCGACGCCAGAAGUCCUGGAAGGAGCGAUGCAGGGGACUCCUGAUGAGGACGACAACGGGUCCGGAACGUCGAAUAGGGACUCAGUGCCCGUCAGCACACCGACCAUCUUCCACCCAUCCAGGGACCACCGCGACAGGUUACCGCACAUGAGUCACCUGAACUUCGGUAUCCGCGAGCUGCGAGAGAGCUGUGGGUCACCCUUGUUACCGAGAAGGAAACAAGCCAGGCCCCGGAGGAGAUCCGGCGAACUGGUGCCUCAAGAUCUGAGCAGACCCCAUCGGCCGACGAGUUUGAGUCCGCCCACGACGUCCGCGGGAUUGAACCUUACUGCAAAUCAGCAGCAGCAGCAGCAACAACAACAGCAGCAGCAGCAGCAGCAACAGCAGCAACAGCAACAGUCUUCUGGUUCGCAGAAUCAUCAACAACAGGAGGACAUAGCGGAAAACCUUUCAAUGAAGAGGUCCGUCUCGCCGACGGUUGGAGUCGAUCAGCAAGUGAAAGCAGAGAGCAGCGAAGCGGCGAGUAGUCCUCGAGGAUCGCCACUGACCGGGACCAGUCUGCUGCACCCGGACGGUUCCUUGCAGGACAUUCCCGCAGCCGCGGCAGUGGCCGGAUUGCCAACGAUGUCUGCGUUGUCGUUGACGCCACCACACCACCACAGCGAGUACCUGACGAGUCUGGGCCAGCUGGCGGCCCAGUGGCUACCGAAUCAUCCCCAGGGACAAUUACCGCCUCCUCAGGGUCAUCACCCGAGGGACGGAAGCCCUCAUGGUCCGAACAGGCCGCAUCCGUAUCAACAACAGCAACAGCAUCAACAGCACCACCAAGAAUCGUCGCUGACGUCUAGAAGAACUUCGAUGACGGCGGGCAUGUUUCCUCUGGACGGCGGCGUAGCUACUUUGGGAGGCGGCCUGUUUCCUCACGCGGGCGCCUUGGACAGAGGUUCCCUUCUGGCGGAUCUGCACGACAGUUUCAAACCGGAAGCGCUUCACGGGUUGUUCGGCGCGGCAGGCCUGGGUUCCCAUCAUCCCACGAAGAAGCCGAAGAAACACAGAGGCGACGGAGACGCGGCCAGAAGAUGGGCAGAUCAGAGUAGUCGAGGAUUGCCCGUUGGAAGGCCGAAGGGUCAACACAGUGCGCCCAGAGGCGGCCCACCGAGAUCGUGGACGAACGCCGAACUCACCGAAGCGUUGCAGCACGUCUGGAACAAGAAGAUGACUACGUCGCAGGCCAGCAGGAUAUUCGGUAUCCCGUACAACAGCCUGUUGAUGUACGUUCGCGGCAAAUACGGGAAGAGCUUGAAGCUUGAACAGCUGAGAAGGGAUUGCACGGGAGCCACGACCGGGGAAGUGGUCUUGAACUCACUGAACAACAACGUGAAACCCGUCCAGCCUCCCACUCAAUUGAGUCACCCUCUCGCAGGGCUGCCGCCCCAUCCAAGCGACGAAGGCGGUUUCCCACAUCACUCGUUGCUCGGCGGCAACCUUCCGCAAAGCUUUUUUCCCGAUUUCGCCGCGGCUGCAUUCCCCGUCCCGGUCAGUAUGGUCCAUCUGCUGCCACCCAGCGAGCAGAAAGCUUAUGAACCGGCCGCGAAUCCCACGGGGGCCGGUGCAGGCCCAGGGGAAUUGUCCGGAAUGAGGAGCAGCAGCAGGACGCCAUCGCCUGUGGACCAUCGUCAUCACCACGAGUCGAUGCAACCGCAGCCGGCGCAAUCCGCGCCCGCGCUACUCCAACAGAACGGCUCGGAUUAGGAACGAACCUUUUCGAGAACGAUUUUUGGGAACGGUUUCGGUUUCGGUGAUCGUCGCCGCCGUCGUCGAGAAUUGCUGCAGUUACGAUCGGACGCCAGAAUCGAAUCGUUCGAUAACGUGGCACGUCGGUCGUUGCGGCCGUAACCAACGAUCGUACUCGAUCUUCGGUAAACGCGUUCCAUUUUAAAAUGAGAACCAUUUGAACGGAUGGGAACCGGUCCACGAUGGACGGUGUUCCGACUCGUGAACCGUCGUUGGAAUACGAUUCUGAUCGGAGCCAACACGUUUCGGACAAAAUAAACGGUACGUGAGUCGCUGUACCUCGAUGAACCGUCGUCACGGCCGUCGGAGAAGAGAGGAAGAAUAUUGUUUUGUACAUACAACGACGACGUUUUGUUAUACGUAGAAUUAUUCGAAAAAUUUAUGAGAGAACUGUUUUAAAAAUGACACCGGAGAAUCGUCGAAUCGUUCUGCUUCUUGCUUCAUCGUCAGGACUACUUCGGAUUGGUAUGAAAUGGUUUCAGUUUAAAAUGUGUGAAAAAAAAUUGUAAAAUGUUGAAGAAAACGGGACUUAGAACGUCGCGAGAGAGCUAUUUCGAUCGUGGUACCAGGGACCCAUUCGGAACGAUCUACUCCUCGGUGGUUUCCAAACUGAGAUCUCGGUUAGAAGAAAAUUCAACCUUUGGUUCUUAAACGAUUCCAAUAAGAAGAGAAGUGUGAUGCCGCGGACCAUGUCCAGGAUCGGAAGUCAUCGGAUGCGCAUCGUCGACCGCCGUCAUCGUGAGUUUGCUGCAGCGCCUUUAAGGCGAGACACGAUUUCUACGAAUCGUUUAUCGUUUUCCGUACGCGAUAUCGUAAGUAGCCUGUUCUUCUCUUCUUUCGUCGCGCAACGUUCGUAAAACAUCAGUUUUCGAUUAACGCGUUGAUGGUCGUCGCUUUUAACACACGCCGAUCAGCUCCGAUCGACGAUAGUCCGAAACUCGAAAAUGUCUCGUUACGAAUCUUUCUUUUAUAGAGCUAAAUUCGAUCGGACGAUCGAUCAGACUCUUUGACAAAUCUGUAUAUGCUCGAUACAAAUUAUAUCGUUACAAAGAACCAGUUUAAUAGCUCGCGCGAAGUCAACGAUGAUCCGAUAAACGAAAUCAGAGGCGAUCAACGUGUUAACCGAUAAUCGUUAUUCUUGACGAUCACGCCAACGAACCAAACGGGAAUGAUCGACUGUGAAAGCUCUAUUACCAGGAGACUGUUCUCUUCUCACAAGACUGACUAUCAAACGGGUUCGUUCGCAGCGUAGGACAUGAGUUUUUCACAACUUUUCGACUCCCCGACGUUCAAGUUUCUCUCCUUUUCGGUAUAUCAUCGCCGAUGCAACUUUGAAAUUAUCGCGUAUUAACUCGCGAUUGUAACUGCAAUCCAUUUUACCAGAUAAAAUGGAGAAUAAUUCUGUUGAAAAUUUUUUGUAUAUAACGUGAAUCAAGCAAUGACAACGAAUAUGUUGUUUCGAUUUAUUUAUUUUAAGUAAGAUAGGUAUAUUUAACGAUCUGUCGAUUAUCCGACGAGCGUCGAGGGGUUGAAAAAAUCCUCUAACCAUAUUCUUAGUAACCUUCUAUACGUAUACAUAGUUCCUCCCUUCCUUUCCGUUCUGAAAAUCUCAAUGAAGCACUUGAUUUUCGAGGACCAAAGCCCGAAGCAUAGAGAAUCUCCGUACAGUUAUUUCGCAAAUCUUUUAACAAAUAUUUUUGACUAAUCUUGACGACGCAUGAACAACAACGCUUGAACCGCGAAUGAGUUUUUAAAAACCUUAAAGAUCAUCGACAGAAAUUGAAACGUAUGAAACAUCGGGUAAACGUGAAAAUGGAUUAAAUCAUUUUUAGACUUCUCUUUACCGGGUUAAAUCGGAAAUAUUACGGAAUGCUUCGAUCUCGAUCGAACGUUCAAAGAAUCCGUUCGGUUAUCUUGAACGAGACGAGAGGAGGCACUUAAUAAGAUGAAAUCUCUGAUAGGCAAAACUGGCAGCGAAAGGGAAAGGGGAUGAUCGCGGACGAUGAAAAUAAAAGUAAUAACGAAUCUCGGAGAAUCGUAGACCACGCAGGAUGCUUGAAGAAAAAUAAUGAAACAAUUAUAAUUAAAUAAAACACAAUAUUUCGACAACCAGACGGAAGCGCAGGGUAACUAACACAUCAGGGAUAGCCGCAGACAAAUCUACGAUAGAUAAAACUUGUAAAAGUAAUAAAAAAGAAAAAAAAAAAUCAAGAAAUUGAAAUAAUGAAGGUGAAUGCAUAAGAAAAAGAGAGAGAGAGUUAAGAAAACGUAAAGCUAUAAUACAUUUACGAUUGAUUAAAUUUCGUUAAUGAACUUAAAGGUGAACAGAAAGAAAGAUGAAUAGAGCGAGGCGAACAAAAUUUGUGUCGCAGAUUCGCGCGCGAAAUUAAAUAUAUUAUUAAAUAAAUAAAUUAAGUAGAAUGUAAAGAGAGGGAGAGAGCGAGAAUGGAACAUGAAAAUGAUCGCACGGGUUCAAUAUAUGGGGAUUCGAUUAAAUAAAGAAGAUAAAAAUAAUUUAGAAGAGACCACAGGCGCGUUCGAAGCCCCGCAUAAGAAUAAUAUAAAUAAAUAAAAAAAUAGCCUGUACAAUACAAAACUGAUAUUAUUAUUGAUUAUUAAUAUUAUAUAUAUAUAUAUAUAUAAAUUAUAUAUUAUAUAUAUACACACAGGGUGUUUCGAAAGAGUUUAACGAACUUCUUCGACUCGGCUGUACCGCGUCGAGUCUCUCCCACGAUACGUAAACUAACAUAAAUAAUAUGUUGAUAAUCGUUCAUUUUAUUUUUCGUCCGGUGCAUCUUACUGUAAUCUGUUUGAUCGUUUUAACAUUCGUUGAAUACCGAUUCGAUUAUUAACACUAUUUGUAUACAUAGACAAUUCGAUGUACAACGUUUUAAUCAUCCACUUGUUAAGUGGUCAUCGAACGAAUCCGAGGAGGCCAACAGUGAGAUACGAGAGACAGGGUACGCGGUACAGUCACGUCAAAAAACGGUUUUAACAAUUUUUUAUCCACUCUGUUGACGACGAGAAAGAGUAAAAAAAGAAGAAGCGGAAGAAGAGGGGAAACGUAAAUGAACAAAAAAGAGGGGGUCGCGAAUUAGGAUGAAACGAGAGAAACAAAUUUUUCUUUUCUCCGUACGCAAGCAACACUGUACAUGUUACGAUUAAUUGAUCGGUCGAUUAAUUGAAAGAAGAGUGUGGAGACGAUCGUGCGCGUGAAUUAAGAGAGAGAAAAAAAAAAAAUGAGCGUCUGUGAAUACUUAAAUAAAAUAACUAAAUAAAUGAAAGAGAGGAACGAUGAAAUGGGAGGUGAACUACGUAAUAGACAUACAUAUUUACAUACCAUAUUGUGAUAGGCACCAUGUGCAGACUUCAGUAUUAUUUUGCAGUUAAACGAGACAAAUGAAACGUGGGAUGAAACGACUUACAGAAUGGCGGGAACGAAAUAACUAAAUGAAUUACGGAUUCUGUACUUAGGUUAAACUACUCGAACGAUUGAACGAUGUCCGUUUCGUUAAUUACGAAUACCUACGUGUGCGACUUAGGGUUGAAGAGACUCGGAGAUGGAAGGGUGCACGGAAAGGGUUGGGUCUAUUUAUUAUCAUUCCUAUUCUAUUUUAGUUAGAAUUUAUCGUUUUAAUCAAUCGCCGCUGUUAAUUAAUAAUUACCUACGCAUUUAUCCAUUAAAUAUCGGUCGACGAGGAUCGGUAUUAUUUUUUAAAGCGAUCGUGACAUAUCAUUAGCUCUACGACCAUUACCUAUUAUUAUUGUUAAUCUACGCGUAAUUUUUAAUUUAUGUAACUGACUCGGUUUCUCGUAGUUCGAAAUCACAUUCUCUUGCUCCAACGGCAUCGAUUUCUUUUUAUAAUAACGUUUGACAAACAAGUUUAGCAUCAUCCAGCAUGUCCAUUUUCCUUUUAGUUCUUCCUUUCUGAGAUUCCGUUUAUCCCUUAUUAAAACGGUUUUCUUUAAUGUUUCAAAUAUCGGUAUUGGUUCACUUCUAGAUAGAAACGUUAUCCGUUUUUUAGUCUUUAAGUAGGGAUUAUCGCGAUUAAUCCGCUAUACGCAGGGUGUCCCAAUCCAGGAUAAUUUGCCGGCUUGAAUACCUGUGUUUGUUUCGUGCAACGUUAGGCGAUUGAUUUAACGGGACCGAGGGACGCCCCGUGUACUGUGCACGCGUUAAAGAUUCUCGUUCACGGUUAUCAUUGACAGUUGCCAACGGACGACAGAUCGACAGUUGAAUAAAAAAAAAAAACAAAUGAAUGAAAUAGAACGCAACAAUAAUAAUGCAUAUUAUUAUAAUGCCGCCGCGAUGAUAUUUUUUGAACAGAUACGAAUCGCCACUAUAUACAAUAAUAAUUAUUAAUUAUUAUUAUACCAUUAUAUACACCGCCGGGAUAUAUCGAGAUAUAAUUAUAAAUGAUUAAUGAAAUGGGUAUACGGUUAUAUUGCGAACAGAUUAAACUAUUCGAAAUAGCACAAGCCGACAGACUCCAGUUUAAUUUUUCUGGGUCGCGCCGUCCGCGGGGGAGGACGCGUUUCUUCUUCUUUCCACGGGCGACGGCCCACCAUCUUAAGUUCCUAAACAACAUAACGAGUAAUAGUUUAAAACGAGACUUUUUAAUCCGCUGAACGAAACUCCGGAAAUAGUUGAACGAAUACCAUGACGAUGAUGAUAAACGGAAAAAGUAUUAUUUACUGGUUGAGAGACAGAGGGUGUGUGUGUGUGUGAGAGAGAGAGAGAAUGAGAGCGAGAGUGAGAGCGAGAGUGGGACGCAGUUAGAUGCGAGAAUAAAAGGAAGAAAAAUACGUGUAUGUGUGCGUGUCCAAUAAGAGUAACGACGAUUAUUUUUAUUUUACUCGGAUAAUCGAUGAAUAAAGGAAGAGUUACACGAACGAUUUGUAAAUAGAUAAAACGAAGAGCGCGCGAUCGAUUAUUUAUGCGUAUGAUAUAUACACAUAUACAUACACAUAUAUAUAUAUAUUUAUCGAUAAUUGUGAAACGCAGGAUAAAUAAAUAAUUGUUCUACGGAUACAACCUUUAAAAAGUCGCGAGGAGAAGAUAAAUAGAGAGAGAGUGAGAGAGAGAGAGAGGGAAGGAAAGAUUAGUGCAGUGCGAUUAUUAUAAAAAUGAGAAACGGAGAUUUUUUAGUGAUAAUUAACAAGAGACUGUGUGAUUAAUUAAUUAUGAAUGAUUGCGGGAGAGAUGGACAGAACGAGAGGCAUAGAGUCCGGUUUCUGUGUACCCGUGCAAUAUUAUCGUAAUUAAUUGUUGGAUUAAAACAUCGGCUACACGAUAAGGAUCGUCGUUAUUUAUUCGCGUACUUAGUCAUUUUAUUGUGAACUCUUAAAGCGAGUACCGAUUCGAAGAGAUACCACGUUCGAUCAGCUGUACGAGUUUCUUUUUUAUAUUGAAAUUUUCAAUCAGAAUUCGGUGCACGACAUAGAAACCGUCGAAGAGUUCGGAAGGAAGAAAAAGACAGAGAUGGAUUAAAUCGAAUUUUCGAGGACAACCACUCGUAUUAUAGUAUAUAUAAUUCGUAUUGUAUCAUAAAAGAAGCCAGAGAGAAAAAUCAGGUGAGAGAAAGAUAGAUAGUGUGAGAGAGAGAGUGAGGGUGCGAGUGAGAGUGAGAUUGAACACAGGAAACGAGAGAUAAACUGAUGAGAACCAGGUAAAAAUAGGAAACACAGGAAAAUGGAAAUUUUUAUCGAAAAUAGUUACUUGGAUCGGUUGUGCUGUCAUUGUAGUUCCUAAAUCGCCCUAGCCUCGCCUCGAGCGCAUCAAUUUAUCGAUUAUAAACGAGAUUAGACUAACGACAAACGAGGUUUCUUUUUUUUUUUUAUUAACGAUUAUAGCGAUUAACGCGUACCGCUCAUUUGCAGUUGCAUAAUUCCGAACGAUUGCCAACACCGUUACUAUAUUACCUCCUUCGAGUUAUCGAACUUUUUCCGAGUUCGAAGUACUGUUUGACUCGUUGCGAGUCUCCGUUGAAACGUCGAAUUGCUGUGUAAUCGGACACGUCAAUUAUCACUGAUCACCGAAUCUUUGGUAAUGCCGGGGAAAUAUUCGGCUACGAGGCAAUCCGUCGUUCGAACGAUCGGCAACAAAUCAAACGAACAACAUUUUUAUAUCGUUACAUGAUAUGUACUUUUGUACAUUAUUUUAUGUGAAACGCGUUCAAUUCCGAUGGAAACUUUUGUCUGAUUUCGCCUUGAUUCGACGGGAGGUACGCGUCGACUAGAAUGUUAAUCGAUAAGCUGAUAAUAUAAAAUCGAACGUAACUUGUACGAUUUUAAUCAUUUAAUUGGAAACAAUAGUUUUACCCUGUUGCAAUAGUUGUAAUAAACGAAAAUGGUGCUGACGAGCCGUAUUUACAGUGUACAACGCGAGCGGAAAAUAGGAAAUCACGCACCGUGACCGAUUAGAAAUAAUUCGAGGGAAAACGGUUGAACGCAGGACGGCGAGAGAGUAAGAGAGAGAGAGAGAGAGAGAGAAAGAGAGAGAGAGAGAGAUACGAGCAAAUGGGGGAAAAAUAGGAAUGCGCACACGGAACAGGUCGCGAAAACAAGUUAUCGAUAUAAACUGAAUAUAUUUAUACGAAUUACGAUUGUACCAUAAUUAAUUGUAACGAUACUGAAUACUACUUAUUAUAUCGAAUAAUGCAGAGCCGCCGCCACCCAGUAAUAUAUUUUUUACAGGUUUACAUUGUAUUACAGUUUAUAAAAAAGUGAAAAGAAUGUUUGAUAUACAUACAGUAAACAAUAUUUUACCUAAAGGCGCGGUGCCUCUAGCGAUUCGCGAACGUUUGUACGGAUAAAACGUUCGAUCGGUCGCGGCGCCGCGCUCCAGCUAUUACUUACUACAAUACAAUAUUUUCGAGUGUUCGAGAAUCGAUGCGAGUAUCGAUUCUUUUCUUUUUAAAUAGCCGAUUUACUAAUCUAGCGUUAACUUACAAUUAGAUUUCUCCGUUAAACGAUUCCUAUGAUUCGUUCAUAGAAGGACAGACGCAUCGUGAAAACGAAUAGACGAAACAACCUGACGUGCGAAUUUGUUACUUUUUUAUGUAUUAUGUAUAAACGAAUGACGAUCGAACAAUUGUAAUAAGAAUCGAGAACACGCAUCGUCGAUGUUUAGCAGGUUUAUCGACUUUUCGUAAUUUUACUUUUGUUUCAAACGAAGGACUGCUUCUACGCAUCGCUGUCGAAUACUGUAAAAUGGAAUGUCAACGAAAGGUAGAAAAAGAGAGAGAGAGAGAGAGUGGGUGCGUCGGAGAGAAUGAACCGAUCGAUUCUCGAACACCCGCCGCCGACAAGAUUGCAAGAUACAGAUUGCAACUAACAAUAAAAUAAUAAAGAAACCAUUUAAAGAUGAAACUUGUGAUACGUUUUACCGCUGGUUACUACUACUACAGAGACUUCCUAAGCCUAACGACCGAGAGUUAACGAAUCCUUGAUUGAACGUAACGAGUAUAUGUACACAGGAUUUUUGUUAACUUCAACUAAAAAUUAGGCGCCACUAGUUCACUCACGCACACUUUUAAAAAUGUCACAGAGUACGACGACGCGACGUCGAUGAAAGGUAACGAGAAAUACGGAUUUAUACGCUACAUGCAUUACAUACCUACCUACCUACCUACCGACCUACCUACCUUAAGUACUUAACGAUACAUACGGGAUUUUAUGUAACUUAAAAACGGGAUUUAUCGAGAAUACUUAAUCCUCUUCUGAUCUACCGUAAAUUAAUUAAAAUUUAGACGAUGUAAUUUAACGUUUGAGAGAGCGAGAGAGAGAAAGAGAGCGAGAGCGAGAACGAGAGAGCGAGAGAGAGGUUCGAACGGGCGAGAAAGCGAGCAAACGGAGGGAAUGUAAUCUAAAGAAUAAAGAUAAAAUUAAAAACGAAAAUGGGAAAAAUGACAAAAAAAAAAGAAAACGAAAACAAUAUGGUGUGAAUAUGCGCACCACGAGGCUAGGACGAGGCUAGCUACCUUUUCGAGAAACAAAACCCACACACCAUGUUCACACUCUUCGGACUUUUGAAAACGAAAUAUACGAGGGAGAGAGGGAGAGUAAGAGGAAACAAAGUGCAUGUUAUACGGUAAAAUUGAUGAGUAAACACCGAUUUCGUAAUCGUAUUCACUCGCCCCGACACAAACAGACACACCCAACCACCCCCCAACCCCCAACAAAAAAAAUCGAGGAUUACGAGGAACUUUAAACUAAAACAAAAAAAAAAUAUUAUAACCCCAUGGAAAAUAAAAACUGUACAUACAAUUGCAACGUU